AUGGCUCUGUGGCUCCCCAGAGGCCCCUGUGUGGCAGCUGUGGUCCUGAUGCUGAUGGUGCUGAGUCCUCCCGUGGCUUUGGUCAGGGACCCCCGACCACGUUUUCUGCUGCAGUUGAAGGCUGAGUGCCGUUACCUCAAUGGGACAGAGCGUGUGAGGAGUGUGACCAGAUUCAUCUAUAACCAAGAAGAGUUUGCCCACUUUGACAGUGACGUUGGGAAGUUUCUGGCAGUGACUGAGCUGGGGCGGCCCAUAGCUGAGGACUUGAAUAGCCAGAAGGACGUCCUGGACAACUAUCGGGCCUCAGUGGACAGGUGCAGAAAUAACUAUGCGCUUGUUGAGUGGUUCCUGUUGAAGUUGAAAGUUGAGCCCCAGGUGACUGUGCACCCCACAAAGACGCGGCCCCUGGACCACCACAACCUCCUGGUCUGCUCUGUGAGCGGGUUCUACCCCGGACACAUUGAAGUGAGAUGGUUCCGGAAUGGCCAGGAGGAGAAGACUGGGGUUGUGUCCACGGGCCUGAUCCCCAAUGGAGACUGGACCUUCCAGACCCUGGUGAUGCUGGAGAUGGUUCCUCAGAGUGGGGAUGUUUACACCUGCCAGGUGGAGCAUCCCAGCCUGACCAGCCCUGCCACAGUGGAGUGGAGGGCUCAGUCCACGUCUGCACAGAGCAAGACACUGAGUGGAGUUGUGGUUGGCAUGCUGGGUCUGCUGUCCCUUGCAGGGGGGCUGUUCAUCUACUUCAGGAACUGA